AUUGGGGAACGAGUUUUAAUCAAUCUUAGAUUGCAUUUGUGAAAAAUCUGGAAAUCGACGGAGUUUUAAGUGAAAAUUUUUAACAUUUCCUCUACAUAGAGUGUAGGAUCAUACAUUCGUGAUGUUUUAUUAGUCACAAAAAUUCAUUGAAAUUGAUAUUAAUUUCACAAAGGUCUAUCAUGCGAAUUACAACAUUUUUAUUUUCAAAAUUAGAUAUCCAAAAAUUGAUUUCAAAUUGUUGUUAAAAUAUUGUAAACAAUAUUGCACUUUUGCUUUAACUCUUUAGAGUUGAUAUUUAGGUAUUUUAAUCCUUAAUUAUUUUGUUAUAAAAUAAUUCUGCGUGUUUAUUAACACUUAUUCAAAAGACUCACAAAUCUUUAUCUCUUUAGAGUAAUUUUUAAUAUUUACAACUAAAGAAACGUCUCGUAAAUUGAAAUAUCCCAUAAAGUUGGGCUCAAUGAACGUGCUUCUCUACCGUGAAUAGAUCACUCGCAAACAAUCUCGAUUGCCAAGUCUCCCAGAUUAAUUUCUGCCAUUCGGUUUCGUAAGUUACAUCGAGAUUCACCGGUUCGAAGCGUGCUCCGCGUUCCUACUCCUUUUCAUCUCGAAAAGUUCACAGAAUUCAGCACAAAUCAUACAGUUUGCGGAGCAAUGUUUGCUCGUUGCGCUGCGUAUCCUUCUAAGGUUUUUCGCCGGCGCGGUAUGGAAGAAACGUGCCCCGUCAAUUCGAUUUAGCCGAGGGAUGUACUACGUGCCCUUUUCACUCAUUCUCACCCCGUCCUUUGGCCAUUCCCGCUCUCUUUUCUCUUUGUCUUUAUUUCGUCGGAACGGCAGUGAUUUGCUGCGAUAAAGCCGCAUCGACAGGCGACGCACGUGUAUCGCGUGUCGAAGGACACGCUCCUUCUUUCCCAGCACGAGCUCUCUCUCUUUCUCGGGCCGCCCUCCGCACGGCGAGCUCGAUCCGAAGAGAGUUUAUGAUAUAUUUGUAAUCAUGUUACCCAAUACGUGCGCGUGCCCUUCUGUUACAACUGCCUCUCCUAACAAACGACCGUGAAUCUUUCUACACCGUUUGUACACGCGCAUUCUUAUAACAAUUCAUCAGAAAGCGAAAUUGGUGUUUUUUGCAUGUUUCUGCAGGAUAUAUGUGUAUGUACGUAAUCGUAAAUUAUUAUACAUGUACUAGCAGGAACAAAUUUCUAUUAAGAAUUGUAUAACAUUUAUAUAUCUUUUCUACGAUAUCAUUAAUUACUUUAUGUUUAUAUUAUUGUAAAAUUUUAAUAUAUUGUAAUUAAUAUUAAUUCUUUGUUACAUUACAAAGGUUACAAUAUGCAACGUGAUAAUUGAAAACAACAAUAUUUUUUACAUUGUUUUCUUAAGAGUUAUUACAAAUUAAAAUAUUAUAACUUUCAUGUUUAUCCCGAUUCUUUGAUAUUUUAUUUAAAAAUUAUCAAAUUUGAUAUGCCGCGGCAACGCUUGUAAUCCAUCUCAUUUAUUACGUAAUUAUAACAAUACGUGAAGUACUCGUGGGGAGAACGAUGUUUGAAUUCAUUGGCGUGCAUUGCUAUACAUACAUAUAAUGUCGCGAAGCGAGCCGCGGCGGGAGGGUCCUCGAGUUUUAAGGGCCGUCAUCAGUGCGAGGCUCGAGAAAUUGCAUCGUAAUCCAAGAACGGCGCGAGGCGAACCGCUUUUCGGGGAGGCAAUUCCAGCUACCCGUAACAAUCUGGCGGCGGAGGCAUAUUAUUAUGGCCAUAGUCCCGGACAGUUUAUUCCAGGUUCGUUUCCAGAUUUACUGCCCUCCUCGUUUUGCAGUAAGAACUUGCGACUCGCCGACCUUAAAAUCGGCUGCUUUGAGUCACACGAGAUAUCGUUUGUGCUCGAACUUUCCAUUAAUGUUUUGCAGAAAAAUUUAGAAAUACUAGCUACGACAAAUAUUUACGAUGACAAUAUAAAGUGGUAUUGUUGUAUUUAAACUUUAUAAUAAUUAAACAUCAAAUUUAUCUCUUCCUAUUCUUUUUUCUCUCUUUUUAUCUAUUAUUUAUUUAUUUCUGUCUUUUUACAUAUUGCAAAUAAAUUUAAAAUGAUAUAUUAGAACAUUAGCCAAUUAACAAAUAAAAUAUUUUUUUAUUACUAUGUGUAUUUGUUUUCAUAGAUUGUUAAUUUUUUAUUUAGAAGGCAUAAAUAUGUAUAGUAAACAUUUUAUAUAUCUCUUUUCUAUCCUUUUAUUUGCUGUAAUUAAUUAGAUUGUUAAAAGGAACGACAUAAACAUUUUUCUCUUUUACUAUUGCAUUUUUGUAUCUAUACACAUUAACUUAGAUAUAAUUUUACUAGUUAUAUCACAGUUAGAAGUACAGAAAAAAGGAACUUUUGAAUAUUUUUUGCCCAAAAUAGAAAGAAUAACAUUCUGCAGAAAGUUAUUAGAUAUAUGGUAAAUUCAUCAAUGGAUCUGCAAACCAAUCUGAAUAGCGUUGCCCUACGUAUAAGAAGCGCGUAUACACAUACUUGUACUUGUCACUAUGACAUUAUCGAUCCGAUGGUACGGUCGGACGUCGGUUGGUCCGAGCACAGUCGCUUCUUACUAAGCCCCCUCGCUCCCUUUAUCUCUUCCCCUAUACACCCGUCUUUGCCACCCCCUUUGCAACCCUUUAAGGUCGUCUUUCCAGCGGAUAUCAGCAUUAAACCCCUGGGAGACGUGAUGUCCUUUUCAAUUUCUCCGUCGCUUGUGGGAUGAGGAUAGAACGAAGAAUGCGAAGCUUCGAACGGCUCCAAAGUUCUCGAACUCCAUCAUACUUGCGCGUUUUCGCAUAUGAUGAAAGAUGGCGUAUUUUUGAUGCCAGCUCGCGAUGCAGAAAUUGUCCGUCCGGGUGCCUGAUUCGAAAAUUAUUAUCUGGAUCCGUCACGCCGGCUAGACGUAGACGGGUGAGCUGCGAUCUCCUUCUCAAAGAGGCUAAGACUCGAGAAAACGAAAUUUUGCAAAGAGAGAACAGUCGUUUCGCAACGGCGCAGUCGCCGGCUUCCGUAACUGCGAAAAUUUGCGGCCUCCCACCGCCAACGGGCUCGCUAUAAAUCAGUUGAAAUUUGUUAUGCGCGGCACGCAGAUGGUUUUGUUAUAUGAAAAUAUGUGCCGCGCGGGGAUGGUGUGUAAGUAUCCCUCGGUAAAACACGUCCCUUAUAUCCCGCGCGUACCCUCGGCUCCGGUCGCCUCGCCCCGCUUCUUACACCCCCCCUCCCAGACAGGCCCGAGGCGUCAUGCUGUUCUGCGCUCUCUUUAAUUACACCCCAAAACCGGGACGCGUGACGUAUUGCCGUGUGGCGAAAGGGACAAAAAAGCGACCUCGACUUCGAGCUAGAAUCGCUGAUCUGCAGUCGCUCGUUAAUCAACGCCUCGAUCGGCGAUACUUAAUGUUUUCAGAAUACGUUUCGUGCGUAACAGUAAGAAUUACUAAGAAAUUUUAGCCGCGCAGUCUUAUUUCCUUAAUUCAGGUUUUUAUGUAUCUCUAAAUAUAUUGUAUAUCUACAAAUUUUUAUAAUAUCUAUAACACUGAAGCUCUCAGAGAUCAAUUUUUUAAUUUUAUAUGUUUACAGAUUAAGAAAUUUAAAAGUAAUUUUAUUAAAAUAUUUUAUCAAAAGGUUUAUUUAUUGAAACUUGAAGAUAUAUUCAAGUUUUUUUUUAGAAGAAAAAAGAAAUUUAGUAUUUGAAAUUUGUUGAUUCGCUGAAAUUUUAGAAGAUGUAACAUGAAGGAUUUAUUGGAAGAAAGUGAAGUCCAACGAAGGAAGGACCACUUAAAGAUUGGCCCGGUCAGUGCUAAAUAUUUGAUAAGAAUUUAAGCCGUCAGCCGGUAAGCGAGGGUAUGCUCAUGGGACGAACGGAAAAAAAUAGGAAAGAAGGAGAAAGCUCGACGAAUGGACGGACAGUUAGUAGCUAGACGACGGAGUAUUCCCUCGAGCUGAACGGCAAAGUGAUGUCCAACCAAACAGUUCAGCUGUCCCGGUCACAGCAUUUCUUCUCUUACUAUAUCAACGAUUUGAAUUGCUUUAAAAUCUUCUUUGUCUCUCCCCCUCUCUUUUUUCACUGAUCUAUAGAAGGCGAAUAAUAAUGGCAUCUCGAUGCGCGGUCCAAAAAUAAAGUCAAUUUCGAUACCGUUAGCAUCAGAUGAGAUUUAUAAAGACGACGCAACUUAAGAGGGACACUACUUGCGUCGUUAACAAAAAGUACGUUGUAAAACGUGUUCCCAGACUAUCACCAUUUUAUUCGAUGUAUCACGGAAACAAAGUAGAACAGCGAUAGUCGUUAGAACGCUGACUUUUAAAUGAGCUUAAAUAGUUAUUGUCGACAUAAUGGUUGGCAACAUCUUGGAUAUAAUUUAACCGCGAUAAGCUGUAUGACUUUUUCAUAACAAUUAAGCCUACAACUCUUUGCCGUUUUCAUGCGCGAGUCGUUAACGGCACUGAACGAGAGAAGCACAAAGGUUGAAUCGCAAAAUUCAUGCGAAUCCACGUGGUGCCAAGUGGGGUGCAUUAGCCAAGUUCCCCAUUAUCCACGCGUGAGAGACCCCUAAAUUAUCCGGCGCUCGCCUAGCGCCGAUCUCGCCCACCCUCGCACGUUGGCGAGAAAAAGACGUAUGACUGCCUUUUCUCGAGAACACCCCCCGACAGGCUCUUGGAUGAAGUUACUAACGCGUGAUUUUCGCAAUUGCAAAGGAACUUGUAUAAAUAUAUUUACGAGAAGAGCGUUAAGACUGUCGUCAUUUUCGUUGAAUCUUAUUUAUUAUCCGAUUUCACAAUUUGUUCUUUUGAUUAUAUCAUUAAUUUAUAUUUAUAUUUAAUAGUAAUUGAUCUGAUUUUCUAUAUCUUGCAAUAUAAAGAAUUUUACCAACCGCUAAAAGAUUACGUUUUAUCGGUAGUUUGUCUAAUUAUAAUUUAAAAAGAAUAUCGGGACUAACGAAGAAUACUGAAGACAGAGAGUCAAAGAAAGUCAAAGAGAGAUGAAGAGGAAGCGAAUCAAGGACAAGGGGAGAGAAAGAGAAAGGGAGAAAGGUGGGGGAGAGAGAGAGAGAGAGAAAGAGAGAUUUCUAUAUACAUAGCUAUAAAUGGAAUAAGCAAAUCAGAGAAGGAUAACAGAAUAAGACAACAGCAGAAGACAGCGAGAAAUAGGACGUGGAGGGAAGAGUCAGAGAGAGCGAGAGUAAGAAAGAGAGAGAGAGAGAGAGAGAGAGAAAGAGAAAGAGAAGGUGAGAGACAGAAUCCGAAGAACCACCAGGAAGAUAGAGAAUGCAAGUUUGGGCUAUCUCUCCGAGCACAGUUCCAAGGAGCUUCCUUUAGACUUUAGUGACGUGACGUCGCCUAAUACCCUAAUCCUUGCAAUGGAGGCACCAUCGUCCGCCCUACGUCGUAUUCUGUUUAGUCAUCUUCUUGUGGUCGUAUUACAGUCAAAAAUUAUUAAUUGAGUAAUGGACACAUAUUUGUUUGAAGAGAUCACUCGCGUCUAUCUUAAAAAGUCUAGUAAAUCUAGCCCAAUGUAUUGAAUUUUAUAAGUUACUUAAAUAUUCAGAAUUAAAAAUUAAGUGUUCAACCUGUUAUGUGACAAUUAGUAAUAAUUAAUGUAUAAAUUAAGUAUCUAAAGUGUAAAAAUCAUAUAUCUAAGCACUUACAUUUUAUUUGUUGUUAAAAUUGUUUCGCAAGUUUUUUAAUUAAUUUCUAAUAAAAUCAAUUUCGUACAGCAAAAGAAUUAUUGUAUUUUGCUGUUAUAAUUUUGUUUUUGUAAUUUAACUUUUUUCAUGACAAGUUUUAGAUUAAAACAUAGCAACGCGAUAGGAAUUUUUUAAAUCGCUCAGGGAAAUUCUAUAUCAUUCGAUAGCUAUAAAAUUCGGGUCACUAAGGAGCGAAAAAUUAGAGCGUAUUCGAUAUUUUACGAGAUAUAUUAAAGCUUGUAGCAACUCCCACCGGAGACUUCGACGAUAUCGACGAUGUUUUCUUUCGCGAAAAUUUAAAGUGAGCCACAUCUGCCAGGCUACUCACGCAUACUAGGACUGUGCCCCCUUUCUAAUUAUUCUCCAUACAAACCGUAAGGGAUGACACAUGAUUAGUGGGUGGACCAGGACGCAUUGAUCGCCAACUCGAAGGGAUUCUAGCUCUUCCUUGCGUCGUGUUCCCUCCUUUUCCCCUCGUUUGGCCCGUCUUUACCCAGUUCUACUAUCGAAGGCCAGUUUCAAGAGAGCAUUGGUCCGCAAAGAAAAGUGAUAAUGUCUUAAGCCGCUGGUGCGAUUUAACUUCCGAUUUUGGACGAGGGCACUCCCGCCGUCCUCCUACCGCGGUCCAUAGCAAGAGUUCGUCGCUCUAAACUCCCGGCUACGUGGUCUGAGGAGGGUUUAAGGUUUAAGGGAAGCUCUCUCAUUCCUUGGGAUCCUAGGGAGCUCCGCUAAGCGCUGACGUUGAUCCUGCUCUUCUUCUACCUCCGCCACCUCCAGGAGCUCGGGUUUAUCUAAUUCCAGUUGUAGGUUCCUCCUAUCGCUGUAAACCUUACGAGCGUACCAAAGGGCGAACGUUGUGCAGUUAAAGGCCUAAAGUCUUACAAGUCAUCAGAAAGAUGGGUAAUUUGCUUGUUUGAAAUAAUUUGUCUGUAAUUGUUAAGAUAUUUUGCUGAGAUAUUUUCUUCAAAUUUUCUCAAAUUCAGAUUGGAUUUAUUUAAAUAAAUAAAAUGAGCAACAUUAAAAAAACUUAUUGUUAGCUGUAUAAUUUACUUGGUGAGAACUUUUUGAAAUAAAUAACUGUAAACUGUAAUUUCAAUGCAUAAACGUACUGUUUGGAGAAGAGAUUUGAUCCGCGCAGGUUAAUACUUAUUUAUAUAUAUUCGAAAUUAUGUACACUGUACAUUUCAUUACGUCAAAUGCAUAACUUUCGAGGUUCGCCCAAGUAUAGAGUACACUUAUUGUUUAUCAGAAAUUUUAUAAAGAAAUUUUAUAAAGAGAAAACUAUAAAUUUUCCAUAAGCAAAUUUAUUUCUGUUCAAACCGAUAGAGAUAUCACUUUUCUUUUGAAAAUUUAGCUACGCAAAGAAACUCGCAACUUAUGAAGGGAGCAGAUCCGUGAGGUCGCUGGCCGGGACCAAUGUUGCUCGGAUUCCUAAAGCAGCAAAGAGAGCCAGGUUGCACGUACAUACAGUGGCGCGUCAGCUCGAGAGAUAGGGGCAGAGGGGUAGUAGUAUAUUUAUCUAUAUAUACGUCUAUAUAUACAUAUAUAUGUAUAUAUAUACAUAGACAUAUAUGUAUAUAUAUGUAUAUGUACAUGUAUAUGUAGACGCGAGUGGAUAUAAGCGGGAGAGGUGUACGAAGCACGUACCUCAACAUACUGGGAAAGAGAGAGAGUCCUAGGUGUGCACCCAGGAAUCGUGUCCCCUUCUACGAUAACCGAGGCGGGGGUCGAGGUGAGCAAGGGGGAUGUGCAGAAGGGCUGGGAAUCGUGCUCCAGCCAAGCUCAAGGGGGUGGACAGUGCGCAGAACCCGCCCCCACCUUUCGCGACGAAGCAGAAGCCGUCGACUGCCCGCGCAAGUCUUCAUCCCCUCCGCGGACGACGGAAGAUCGCCACCCCCGAACGAACUUAAACAUAGCACAGUAGCUCGCGAGCACCCCGUCUGAAAGGGCCCAUCGCGUACACGAGCCGGACUUGUGUUAUCUAUAUACAUAUAUAUAUAUGUAUACAUAUAUAUAUAUACAUAUGUAUAUAUAAUUAUAUAUAUGUAUAUAUAUCGGCGGUUUGUCAAGCGCGCGUGUCCUCAUUGUGUGCGUGCGCGCGUGCGUGUCACGCAGUGCUUGUCUAAAUAUCUCGAGUCCGCCGCAAGAACGAAGCAAGAUAGAAUGUGCCCCGCUAGAAAAAGAUAAAUAACACGAAAAGAGCCAAGCGAUCGUUUCACCAGGACAAAGGGAAAAAAGAAAGAGAAAGGGAGAAAUACAGACGCAUCUCAACUGCAUAGAAUGAUUCUUCGGACUCGUGGCUACGCACUCGACAAUCUUCGGCGGAUAUCAGGGUGGAACUGACCAGCGUGCCGGGCGGACAGAAUGCGAUGGCUCAUCUCAAAAAGCGGAAGUUGGAAGCAGAGUCGGUUACGCAGAAUCCUAAACAAACGCAGCAGCCGUCGCAACAGUCGCAGCAGCAAUUGUUGAUCGGCAAGAAGGGCCUGCAGACGAGCGUGCCGCAAGAGAUGGAGAUGACUGAAGCCGCCAUGAAGCGCAGAAGGAAAAGUAUUCGUGACGAUGACGUGCGAAAAACGAUCGACAUUGUUGAUCCUAACAAAAACAUACCGCUGCCCCAGAAGAAGCGCGCGUUUACAACUGCUAACUCGGGUAGCCCUGCCAGAAAAUCGAGUAAGCACAGCGAAGAGCCCGAAGACGACGAGACUCUCAUAAGAGAAACGGAAGCUGCCUUGAAGAGUCUAUCGGGCAGUUGGCCGGGACCUAGAGGUUGUCUGUAUCAAAGAGGCAAUUCGGACGAGGAUAGAUACGAGUCUAAUUUUGAGAAUCUCUUCGAAGAAAAGAAGGAAAAUCCUAAAUUGUCGCCCUCGUCGAUAUCAACGUCUUCGACUACGAGUAACGAUACCGGUUGUUCGUUGAAAGAUGUAAUAACGCUUCGUGGUCAACAAGAUCGAUCGAGUAAGAUGCAACAACAAAAUAAACAGCAAGAUCCGAAGCCACCAACUAAGAUUAAGAAAGACCUAGACAAUCUGCUCAAGAUAGAGAACGAGUGCGCGAAUAUUCAGUCUCAAGUUAAUAACGUUAAUCAAAAUGAACCGCCAAAAAUUAGACCGAUUUCCGUUCGUUCGUUAUCGAGCAAAGAGAGGAACGAGAGGAACGUGGUGAGCGCACACAUUGACUCUCAGGGAAGGCAAUCGGACAAAUAUUCCAGAUACGAUCCACCGGACUUUAAUGAAUUAGUCGAUGAUUCGUCCAACGAAUUGGAAAUUGACAUGUCGGAUCCAGCCACUGACAAAGACGAGGGCGACAGAUCGAACGACCGGGAACGAGAUCGGACAUGUAAAAACGGUCAAUCACCUCAAAAUAUUAAUAGACAACAGCAGCACCAACCACUUUACACAAAUUAUCAAAGACAAUAUAACGAUACCAACAUAAAAGUUUCACCUACGGGGACUUCAUCGUCCUCAUCGCCGCCAGCGAACUCUCCGUUCUCAGCAACGUCUGCCUUCAGGCCGCCUAAUACGGAUCACUCGAAAGCAUCGUGCCGCAGCUCUUCGACGGUGCCAGUAGCCUCUUCGGCAAUUCCACCGAUCGGUCCAUAUCCAGCUGCCGCUACAUUCGUGGGAUAUCCGACACCUGGACCGACGAUGCCAACGCCUCAGCCUGUAUCCGGCAUUUCGUCCACGUCCGAUGACAAGCACUCGUCUACGCUAUUGCAAUUGAAGUCGAAAGAGGAGAGUCAUCAUGUGACAGCCCAUGAUGUUACCGCCAAUUCUGUACCUCCUAGCAAAAGUCCUACUGGCGGUCCACCUUCCGUCACUAGUCCCGAUUCUUCGAAACAAUACACGAUCCUUCAGCCCGCGGGAGUGGGCUCCAGAGCAGCCAGUGCGAUUCAGGAUAUCGCAAGGGAAGGGGUGGUGAGUGUUGCCGCUGUGAGCAGCUGCACCACCGCGAACAACGGCAGUGCGAACAACGUCAACACUGCAAAUGCGAACGGCAACGGGGUGGUCGGCAAUAAAACUACCAAUGGGAACAACGGCGCUAAUGACAGUAACAGUACUGCGAAUCCUGCCGGGAAUCCUAAUGCAAACAGCAUCGCCAGUAUAACCAUUACGACUGUGUCGACGACCACUACUACGUCUAGUCCGACAGUCGCUGCUGAUGUGCCUUCGGCGAACAGUCAGCAGGACACUGUCAUGAAAAUACCAGAGAGACCCGGCACCUUCGAUAAUAGCAGACCGGGAAUGUCUAUGUCUCCGUCCAGUCUCGGCAGAGAGGGCAACAAGUGCCCGACCCCAGGCUGCACGGGGCAGGGUCACGUGACCGGACUCUACUCUCACCACCGCAGUUUUUGUGCUUACAGCCUUUCUGGAUGUCCACAGAAGGAUAAGUUAACUCCAGAAAUUCUGGCGAUGCAUGAGACCAUAUUGAAAUGUCCGACGCCUGGUUGCAACGGCCGCGGUCAUGUCAGCUCCAAUCGGAACACACAUAGGAGCUUGUCCGGAUGUCCCAUCGCCGCGGCCAAUAAGCAGGCCGCACGCGAGGCACGACAAAAGGCUCAAGUGCCGGGGAUACCACCAGAAUACAUCAGCACGAAUCUGUUACCCCCAUCAAUGGACACGAAGAGUUAUUCGCAGUACGGUUCCGCAACGCAAGACACGAAGCCUGUACUAAGCAGCUUGACCUACGAUUAUUAUUCGACGACGAAAAACGCCGGGAUUAAUGUAAAACCUCCGAAAACGCCGGAGGACAACAGCACGUCGCGUCCCGCGAAGGUGCCUAAGACAGAGAAUAUGACUCUUAGCAGCAGUUGCUGCAACACAUUAUCUAUGAGGAAUCAAAACACGGGUGAGUUGUUGGUCCCCAAGACGGAGGAUGCAACAUCCUGCAGAGUGAAUUCGCCCCCGCCACCGCCGCCUCCCGCAGUACGACAAACGUACGAUUCUUACAUGAGCCAAGAUUCGAACUCCUCAUCCAUGUCAUCCAUGGACGCGAUGGGCUCGAGGCCAUCCAUAGGAGCGACGAUUCAUCACCCUGGCCAGCAUCCGACGCACCACGUGCUACCGAUGCAGCCGGUCGCCUAUCCGAUGCCAAUGGUGGAAGAUACAAGAAUGAGCCAUCAAAUGUCCCAAAGAUCUCCUUACGAGCCUACCAUGAUGGCCGCGGCAGCGGCCGCGGCGGCCGCCGCAACCACUACGGAGGAGCUCUAUCAUCAUAGAUCAGCCGAACAUGCGAGGGCGUACAUGCAUCCUGGUGCUAGUAAUAUUGCACGACCAGUGGUGACGUAUUCCAACGACAUAGCGACUGGCAGAGGUUACGAGAACGCAGUAGUCAGCGCAGCCAAUCAUCGACCCUACGAUCCCGGUACUACCGCGGCAUAUGAGAGAUACGAUACGCAGUCUUGCGCGCCUAUCCCAUCUCAGCAACAGCAACAACAACAGCAACAGCAACAACAACAGCAGCAACAGCAGCAGCAGCAGCAGCUUCAUUCGAGGGCGAAUAUGUACUAUCUGGGACAAACCGGUAUGACGCCAGAGGAACAAGAGCGAGUUUAUCAUCAAGAAGCUGCGGCGGUCGCGCAACAGCAUCAGAUGGCAAUGGCCGCCGCCACGGCAGCUGGGAUGAUAAAGACUGAAGAUGUGAAAUGUGUUACGGUUGCGCAAAUGCAGCAGAUGCAGAAGCCCGGUGGACCGCCUACCUCGCCUGGAGGAUCUGUGAUGGAUUUGUCUACCUCCAGUGUUACGUCCACUAGUCCGCAGGCACCGCCUUACGGUUCGAACAGUCUCAGUCCACAAUAUGGAGGAGGACAGACGGUGGGAAGCAGUCCUCAGGCUGCAGCGAGUCCCCACUUGACGGCUAGUCCUCAAGUUCCUAGUCCCCAGGGCCAGACUCUCGAUCUUAGCGUUAAUAGACUCCAUAGCGGUGCACCCAGUCCGCAGUAUUCCACCGGCCAUGGGGAAGCCGUCGCGGUUCCAGUGGGUCCAGGUUUCCCAGCUCCACGACCUAUCGAAGAGCAGACAGAACCGGUUGACUUCUCAACGGCGAACGAGCCAGUCAAUUUCAGCGGGGGUCCGGGGAUCAGGCCUGUACCCGGGUUUCCGCCGCCUGGAGUGCACGUCACGGCGUAUAGUCGCGAGAGUACGCCCGACAGCGGGGGUUCCCACUACAUGGACGCCUACCGAGACCCUACCGGUUACGGACCCAUGAGUCCUCAUCCAGGAUACGGGAUGACUGGCGUUCAACCCGAAUAUCCCGGAAACACGUACACCCCUUACCCAACUGCAGGUUACAACUGCGGUGGAACUUAUCCGGGUGGGCCAGUGACUUCCGGUUAUCAAAUUCCAGCGGGCUACUCCCCGGCACCAUGCUACAGCAUGCCACCUCCGCAGCACACGGUUGGACCCCUCGAUAAACCAUCCGGCAAGGACGAUAGUAUGAGUGUGAGGAGGUACUCGUUGAAUUUCGCACCUCGGCCCACCCCUCGUGGUCGCGAUGGCAAGGAGCUGAUACAGUGCCCCACGUCGACCUGUGAUGGCAUGGGUCAUGUCUCAGGGAACUACGCUACCCACAGAAGUCUCUCUGGGUGUCCACGAGCCGACCGCUCGCAAAUCCAGGCGCAUUCCCAAGAGCUCAAGUGUCCUACGCCAGGAUGCGACGGUUCUGGACACGUCACGGGAAAUUACUCAUCGCACAGAAGUUUGUCCGGCUGUCCACGGGCCAACAAGCCGAAGAGUAAACCCCGAGAUGGCCAAGAUUCUGAGCCCUUGAGGCGGUUUCCGCUCGUUUCACGCUCGCUCCGUGCGGAUGGAUUAUGUGGUGUUGGUGACGGUGGUGUUGGCAUUUUGGACUGCAGAUGUCCAAUCCCGGGUUGCGACGGGUCCGGCCAUGCCACCGGCAAAUUCUUGUCGCACCGCAGUGCAUCUGGAUGCCCAAUCGCAAACAGAAAUAAGAUGCGGGUGUUAGAGUCCGGCGGUACCGUUGAGCAACACAAGGCAGCCGUGGCUGCCGCGACAGCCAUGAAGUUCGAGGGUGUCAAUUGCCCCACGCCUGGAUGCGACGGACUGGGUCACAUAAACGGCUCCUUCCACAGCCAUAGGUCCUUGUCAGGUUGCCCGAUAGCCAGCCACGCCGUGAAGAAACCGAAACCAGAGGACAAUAUGAGCAUGUACAGCAGAGGAAUCACCGGGUUGGAAGCCGGUGGUCCGGCUCACGGGGGUGCAGUAGGCACGGGUCAGGGUAACUCGAGCGGUAGCGGGACCGCCGGUGUCCAAGGCGAGGAUCUCUACACACUGGAGGCUGAAAUCACCGAGCUCCAGAGAGAGAACGCCCGGGUCGAGUCGCAGGUCCUGCGCUUGCGCUCGGAUAUCACCGCCAUGGAGAAUCAGCUCAAGCACGGAGAAAAGGACACCUCAUCGAUAGCUCAGCGCAACAAUAAUCUGACCGAGUACUAUCAGUCACUACGCGAUAACAUGAUCACUCUGCUGGAGCAAGUGCGAAUACCGAACGCCCCGGGCGGACCGCAGGAGAAGAUUGGCCACGAGAACUUCGACAGUUACCUGACGAAGUUGCAGACUCUGUGCACCGCUGACGGCUACUGCGCCGACGAGAGCAACCGGCCGAUUUACGAGACGGUGAAAACCGCCCUGCAGGACUUCACGGUUCUGCCGACACCCAUCUGAGACCAUCCUUAAAGAUCGACGAUCGGGUACUGAGCCUCGCUCUCGGGACAACUCGCGCGACCAAGCGAUCUGGCGUAUUCGUGACGCGGAUCGCAGUCGUUCCACUCUCGUCCACCGAAUACGAGUGAACGGAACGGAACCGCGCGAGAGAACGGUGCCCAGUUCCCGUAUAAAUACGUAUACACGUAGGCACGUGUAAAUCGAUAUACUACGAGCACGCAUGAAAAGGAAAUACGUCGAUCGUGACUGAGCUCCGCGCGGAUCGGCCUAUCGACCUGGGAGAAACCCGGCUUCGUGACGCGUGUGACUCAUCCGGAUGUUGUGGCGAAUCCGGCCGUGCGUCACACGUACCUACAUACGUACAUCGCUCGCGUGAAUUUCGGACUUCGUCACUUGACGACGUCAACCUGCGAUCACGUGCGAUCGUCGGGCGACGAUCGUCGGUGAAAGUCGCCGUGGCCGGUCGAGCAUGUCGACCGGCCCGUAGACUGCUUAGGAAACGCUAUAACGGCAUCUAACCGGUAUGACGGCUUUAUCGGGACAUCUGAACUAAGCUAAACGGACUAUUACUUACGGG